UCUUGAGUGGAAAUGGGCCUUGAGACAAUGAUAUUUUCGGAAAAUUUUCUGUCCUUGGGAAUUUUUCUUGAGUGGAAAUGGGCAAAGAAACAAUGAUAUUUUUGGAACAUUUUUUGUCCGUGGAAAUUUUUCCAUGGGGGAAAGGGGCCUUGAAACAUUCAUGUAUGACGUCAGGUUGGUAGCGUUGCGUACGAAAUAUCUCAAAAACCGAGACAUGGAAAUAAAAUUUAACAAAGGACGUUAUACUCAACACAACAGAUGAUGCAUAAUGUUUUUAACAAAGCUUGCAUGGACAAUGAUUUUUGUUUCCGGACGUUGAUGCUCUGUUUUCCAAAGCAAAAUUCAAGCCAAGUGUGUUCUCUCUUGUUUAGCGAGAUAAACGUAAAUUAACACCAAGAUCUCGGAUGCUCUCAGAAGGUUCAGAGAGUGUGGUUAAUUUACGACAUAAAUCACCACAUUUACAUCUUCGCAGUUCAAGAUCUGCAUCAAUGCUUGCCGGAUUAAAUUCACUCAAAAAUCCCGCUGCAGAAAUGAGCAGCUUUGCUAAGGUAUUACUAUUUCUUUGUUCAAGUGUCAUCUUUGCGCCUGCUUCUACCAUUGAAGUAGAUGCAAGCAAUUGCACCAAUUUAAUUUUAAUUGCACCAAAAAGUUAAUACUAGACGCACUCAUGCACUUUACUAAUUAUUGUAAUUUAACUAAUUUUCAUUUAAUUACGGGUCAUUUUUUGAGUAUUUUUACAGAAUACAAUACAAACUUAAAUGUUCAUUUUCGGUAACUCUGAAUGUCUUUUAUAUUGCCUGAUAUAACUGUAUGGUUUCGUAAAUGCGUCACCUGUAACAAGAUAAAGAGCUCUAAACCCAAUAUCUCAAUCGCGAAAACGUGGCUUUUUAGCCAACACUCUAUAACCAAAACUAUUAACCAAAUAGUCUUGGUUAAUAAUCCACCUAACAUAAUCUUGUUAAUUCAACCAUAUAGCCAGGAAUCCUGGUUAAAUUAUCCACGAUAGUGAUCAAAUGGAUUAUUCCAGCUAUAGACUAAAUUUUGAUCUAUGCAAGAAGAACAAAAUCAAUGACCACAGCUAGAAAGAGCAUGUUAAAAUUAGUAAAAUUGCAAAGUUUGGCCGCGAAAUGUUGUAAAAUGAGGAAAAUAUAGCCCUAUACGAAAUUUGCAAAUUUUGUAUUAAUUUGUUUUACGCGCGGGAAAAUGCACCACUUUCGGCGGGCAAAGUCUGUAUUCAGGUUACUUUCGGCCCAAAUGUGGUGCAUUUUUCCGCGCGUAAUACAAAUUAAUACAAAAUUUGCGAAUUUCGUAUAGGGCUAUAUUUUCCUUAUUUUGCUAAUUUUAACAUGCCCUUCCUAGCUGUGGUGAUUGAUUUUGUUCUUCUUGCCGAGAUCAAAAUUUAGUCUAUAGCUGAAAUCCAUUAACCAGGAAAUUCAACCCUAUUUACUCUGACAACCGACCAUUUUAGUCGUAGGUUGGAGGGUCCUUGUCAAGUAAGGGAUUAGGUUUCAUAACGUUAACUUGCACGAUAAUGUACAGGGUGUCUAAAAAAAAGUAUACCUUCAGAAAUUCACCUUAUUCAUAGUCUAUCAAGAUAUGGUGGUCUGGCAACUAAACAUAAAUCAUUGUUUGAUGUUUUUGUCGGAGUUUAUGUUAAUUUGUGCACGGUCAUGGUGAUUGAACUCAUUGUAUUUUCGUAUAAUGAAGUAACCGUCCAAUAAGGAUAGCUGAGAUGAAAGUGCAACCAGGAUGAAUAAUAUUUAAUGAAGUUGAGACAAAGGAUUUGUGCACGGUGAGGUGCAGUUCAACAUCAAACAAAGCUCUUCUAUUUUGUGGCUUUGAAGUUUGCCGUGUUUCCAGACCAUCAUAUCUUGACAGACUAUGCCUUAUUGUUAUAAUAUGAAUGCCUGAGGCCCCCUUUACACGAGCCCGGGUUGACCAUCAACCCGGGUUGGCUUGCCAGCCCGGGUCAACCCGUCUACGAAUAAAUCUCUAUUAGCGUUUACACGAUAGCCGGGUCAACCUUUCACACCUCGCCAACCCGGGGCACCCUUCUCGAGACCCGGGUCGACCCGGGUUGGCGAGGUGUGAACGCGUGAAAAGUUUACUCAUUUCUUCAUGUAAAGCCGGGUUGGCUUGACCCGGGAUCAUGUAAACUGCGGUAAAUUCCUGAUUUUGAACUUUGCACCUAGCGUCGUAUCGCAUUUCAACAUUUUGCGUGCUUAUUUUCUUCGUCUCUGUUUAGUACAGACAUGUAAAAUCAUACAGUAUGGCGAGCAAAGACUGUCCAAAACCAAAAGAAAAAAUGCUCAACCCGCGUUUCAGUGGUGGUCUGAAAUUAUUGAUCACCUAAUCCUUUCUCUGAAGGAUUAUAAGACGGAGAUGAAUUAUAAAUAUGUAGAUUUCAACUCCGAUGUUGUCGCAGUUGUAUUCAAAGUUGCGCGAAGGUCGGGCGUUGGCGUUCGAUGCCGAAUAUUUUUGCCCAGUAGAUCUUCCAGUACAAAAUAACGAGAAGCUAUCAAAAAGGGAAGAAACCCCCUUUAAGGCAGAAUUAAGUUGCUAUACGGUUAAAUCCUUGAUAAAAAGGGAUAUCGCCUAAUCGUAUACUGAAAGAUAUAAGCGCCAAAACUAAAAGGUAUAUAAAUCGUAAUAAUAUCGUAUCAGGUCUAUAAGGGAUUUUAAGGGAUAUAAGCGUCAAAAAUACACUCUGCUCCAGUCUGUUGCUCGGAAUAUUACUCGAGUCAACCCGGGUUGAGAAUUGCUGACCCGGGUUGGCAAAAAUGGUCGUCAACCCGGGUUCAUGUAAACAGAAUAAAAAAAUAACCACCUGUGGCGUGCUGACCCGGGUUGAAAAUCAGCCCGGGCUCGUGUAAAGGGGGCCUGAGUCCUAUACUGAACCCAUAGCCAUGGGUGCGUAAACGCACAAUUGAAAUGAAUUUUAUGCAUGGAGUUAUGUAAAAGUUUUUGGUUUCGUUCAAUAUAUGAUUAUGUGCUAAUUUCUAACGGUCUUCUUUUUUAAUAUAUGCACCUCUACACAUCCGUGUGUUCAGCAUAAUGCUCAGGGAUUCAAACUAAAACAAUAGGAUAAUUUCUAAAGGUCUCCUUUUUUUUUGAGACACCCUGUAGUUCUAGCCGAGGAUGCACGAAGCAAUGUUUGUUGCAACUUGCAACGCAGUUUCUGAAACGAAGUUAUAUUAUGUAAGAAGUAUUCGCAGAGAAAUUGUGAACAAAGUCUCUACUUUACUCUAGCGACGUUUUGCUUUUUCAUGGUAAAAUAUGUGCUCAGUAAACGAGGGCUAUGCAUGUUCAGUUUUUAGUUGAGUUUUUUAUGUCAAAAGUAUCGGUCCUUGUAAGAAAUUGCGUUGUAUAGACCACAGGUUGCAGCAAAAGUUUCACUGUGUAACACUGUAUAACGUCCAUAUUGUUAUUAGGGGCAUCAACGCUCGCCGUCAGACCAAGCGAGAAAUUCAUUGGUACUUUCAGAUGAAUUUCCAGCACCACCUAAUCUUCCUGCUUUAGAUUAUGUAAGUACCUUGUAUUAUGCCUAGUCCUCACAAUCCUCAUCCCAAUCUUGCAUCCUAACACCAAAGCCGGAUUUCGGUGGAAAUGUUGGGGGAAGUGGAAAAUAUUUUAGGGGAGGUGUUGCGGUCUGUUCCACAUACUCUCUGGGAUGUUAGCGCUCAGAAAGUAGCCCCCAGCAAGUCAACUAUGUGUCGUAGGCAUGCAUUGUCAGUGAGUAUUGUAACGAGGGGCAAAAUUGGAUGAGUACAAAGCUUCUUUAGAAACAUGCAUGGCAUUAAAUUAAAAGGGUAAUUGACACAUGCAGAGAAGAUUGACUCUCACUUUUUCAAUUUUAUGAAAAAUCUUUGUUACAAGUGUAUUGAAUUUCAAAGAAUUAACAAAUAUUAAGGUUAACUGUUAAGUCAAAUUUUGACGUUGAUCUGUCAUUUGAGGUUUUCAAGGAGAGAUGCAUGAAUUUCCAGGAGAGGUUCCAAAAAUCCCAGGGUUAGGCGCGCACCUCCUCACACCUCCUCUCAAAAUGCGACCUUGCCUAACCCUGCCACGCCAUGAUUCGUCAUCAAAAUGCUGACGCCAUGGUCCAAGCCAGUUCGCUUAUAAGAGGCAUUCCUCCCUGGACGUCCGCCAUUUUGAAUAUUAUCAGGGGGUGAAUGCUUUCAUGAGCUCACUGGCUAGGACCAUGGCGUCAGCAUUUUGAUGACGAAUUACGGUUAAGCCAAAAUCAUAGGAAAAACCAAGAAGUUGGGCCGCUUCUGUAUAGUCUCUAUUAUGUGCCCUGAUAUUAGGCUAACCCCAUGCAACCCUAUUCCUAACCAGUAACCUAUAGUACUACUAAUGUAUAAAUCUGUACACCAAAAUUAUUGUGACGUCAUUGUAGGACAUGUAUAUGGAAAGUCACCCACACAACACCAGAGAAGAAAAUUAUUUAUUCUUUCUUUAGUCUAUCAAGAAAGAAGGAAUUAUCAAUCGUAAGAAACUUUGCGAGAAAGGUGGAAAGAAAGCCAAGUAAGCCUUCUUUUCAUUCUGUUUUAUUGUUUACUGAUGUAAUUGAAACUGCAAAUAUACCAGAUUGAAAAUUGUAGCCUGUGUCACAACAUAAAUAUAGUUGAAUCACACGAGCAGUUUUGGGCAUGGGAGUGCUACGUAUGUGCGCGAAAAGGAAUGGGGGCGAAACAAACGCUUACUAUGCAGGCCAGCACGGGAGUUUGGCAGACAGGGUUUGCGUGAUGAUUCUUUCAACUCUUAUCAGUAUCGUAAGCCGGUCAAACGAUGACAAGAGUUCAAACGAGCCGAAACUCUCGUUAAUUCUCUGUCUUUAAAAUUUUACGCAGCUCAAAGUUGAUUUAGUUAACUGACAUGCGGGAGUUGGCAAGAAUUCGUGGUUAGACAAGCGUGAGAGUCGCAACUUGUGACAAACUUUAUCAACUCUCGUCAUUUCUCGUCAUCGUUUGUCCAGGGCUGAUGGCCUGCAUCAAUGUUCAACCAGAGGCAACAUAGCAAAUACCCCGUUGUCAUCACAAUAGAGUAUUUCCUAUAGGUUAGUUGUGGUUAAACCUGAAACAGUAUUUACUUGCCGCGUAAUAUUAUGUCUACCGUUAUUUUAGAAAAACGUGGAGCCCUUGUUAUGUAAAGUUAUCAUCAGCAAACAUGAUCAUGUAUAAAAAUCAAAAUGCUGCACAACCGGUAAACUUCGAAGUUGUAUAAACGCAUCUUUAAUUGUUUAGUAUAUUCAUAGGGAAAACACUGCGUUGUUAACAUAAAAUUGACUCAAGCGGGGUUUCAAUACGAGAGUUCAAAUCCUGCUUCGCUGAAUAUGAUGGCAGUUCAAUUCCCGCUUGAGUCAACUGUGUGUUGAGAACGCAGUGUUGGUCUUUUCUCAUGAAUAUAUCUACCUCAUAAGGAUAUAUACUAUUUAGGGAUACAUGAAGUAUUCAGGCAGGCGACACGCGAAGAGGCUGUUGGGAAGUGUGCGUCGGGGGGAGCAUUUCGUGCAAUUUUCCCAUCAGCCCCUUCGCGCUCCUCUCGCCAUUUACAAUACUUCAUGUAACAGGCAUUUUACAGGCACCUGGAUACGAGGCAGUGAAUAUAUUGUAUCAGUUGUUUAAGUUGUUGCAGGGUCUUAGGACUUAGCUAUAGGAUUUUGGAUAUUGGGAGUGUUUCUAAGUACGUAUACGUGCUAAUUACCCAGAAUAGUCAAAUGUACGCUAACUAUAUAUAGACUAUAAAGAUCGAUUUAUAGUGAUUAUUUUUUAUUUAUUUUGUAGCGGCCUGGUUUUGCGCAUGGUCAACCAGACAGUAGUUGCGACCUACGAGGCGCAGUUAUUCAAAAAAUGCCUGACGAGAACAAACGGCGAAAUAUAAUGCAGGUAUACUAUUGCACACAACCACCCGCAAAAUCGUACGAGCUUUCGUUUAGUGUUCGUUGCGUGGUACUCUCUCUCUUCCCAAUUCAGUGGUGUAACUUUUAUUUUUUAACACUUCCUAUCACUGCGAAUUUUAGUUGUUGCCAUGAAAGUUACUCUACUUUUAGCCUGCAUAGCAGGCGUUUAUUUGCUACUCAGGCAGCCUACUUUACCCUAUAUAAUAUCACAUAAUACUGGUCCCCAGUAUCGCCUCAAAUUUUAGCAUGUUUUCCCUAUAAAGCCAAUUACGUCCUGGUAUCGCCUAAUAUCACAAUUCAUUACGGCGAUAGUGGAGCUCACAUUGAUUGGUGGAUUUGCUUAUUUAUCCGUGCCUCGCAACAUUUAAACCUAUAAGACUUUUGUACGUCCUUCCUUUCCUUUCAGAUUGCUACGGUUGCGAAAUUAUGUUUUCUCCUUCAAGUGGAUGACGUACAUGAAUUUAGCGUGUGGUAUCAUAUGAUUGCUGAUGUUGUCAAAUAUCUGGUUAGUUUAAUAAGUCUUUUAUUUAUGUGUCAUUUGGAAAAAUACACAAGUCCGACGACCGACGGACAAGACGUGCAGACUGAAACCUGUCAAAUACUUAUUAACAAACAUGAAAGUUUAUUGAGAACAAAGGCAGUUUCUAUCUGUAACUAUUAAUACGAAUAUUUUUGGACUAAUGGACAUUGCCCAAGGACAAACUGAUUAAAUUUUGGUAAAAUUUGGAUGAAAAUGGAUGCGAAAUUAGCACCGCUGUAAUCGUUACCCAACCAAUGGUACCCCAUCCAUCCCCAAUAGCAACUAUAGGCAUCCGUUAGAAACGGAGAACAUAAAACUGAGCUAUAAAUACCACACUGAGCAUCAGAGUACCUCGAUGAUCUUGUUGCCUUGGAUACGGAUACUAUCAACACCAAGUAAAUAUUGAGACAAGCUAUAUGCUUGCAAUACAAGGUACAAAAAAGUAGACGAUAAGGGGCGGGAGAAAUCUGUGUUGGGAGCUUGACUGACUGCACAGCUCGUUGUGACUAUAUUCAUCUCUUGCGUUCUCGCAUGUGCGAUCAUCAACAUACCGGAGGUGAAUCUUAACUCCUUGUUAACUUCUUUUUAUUGUACCAAUAAAAUACAAUGGACCAUUUGCAUUAUAGACUAAAUUUUGAUCCAGACAAAAAUUUCAUCAUAGCUUGAAAGAGCAUCACAAAAUUAGUAAUAUUCCAAAGUUUCGUUGCGAAAUGUUGUAAAAUGCGGAUAAUAUAGCCUUGCGAAGUUUGCCGUUUUUUAGUCAUUUUGUAUUACGCACGGGAAAUUGACAGCCCAAUCGGGUGUUGGGGCAUCAAUUUCCCGUGCGUAAUACAAAAUGACCGAAAAUUGCAAAUUUCGCAAGGCUAUAUUAUCCGCAUUUUACAACAUUUCGUAACGAAACUUUGGAAUAUUACUAAUUUUGUGAUGCCCUGUCAAGCUGUGAUGAAAUUUUUGUCUAGAUCAAAAUUUAGUCUAUAAUGCAAAUGGUCCAUUGAUGAAUGAUGUUUCUCAUUGUAUUAUUUAGGAGGAAAAUGAGCCAGUAGGUACGAUAUUUACUUUUUAGUUUUUCAGUUCACUGCAGAAAAAAUUAAAAUUGUCCUUGUAUUUUGUAUUGUACUUGUAUUACAUCGUCACUAUGAUAGUCCCUUUCAUGUUUGAAAAAUUAUAUGUUAUCGAUCGAUUUUGUGUAGAUAAUGGUUUGCAAGCUAGGCUAUAUGGUGAUAUUGUGAAUAUAUCAAGACCACCACCUCAACCAACAUCAUCCGGUUUCUCAAGAGGAUCUCUAAAGAAAUGUACGAAUCUUAAUAUUUCUCAUGAAUAGACUGUCUGUAGGGUUAAAAGGGUUGUCAUAUUUUACAGACUUUAGAGAAACUCCUUCGCCCCCUUCCAGUGUCCUCUAGUUUAACAAUUUAUUAUAAUUACAUUUAGCACGCGGUGAUGGAGAUAGAAAAAACAUUAGGGAUAAAUUAAAGAAACUGAUUACGAGAAGACCACCUAUCGAAGAACUACAAAAGAAAGGAAUCCUAAAAGGUAAUAAGAACUUCUUGCAUCUGAAUAAUCGGUUUCACUCAUCUCCCAAAAAUGGCACCGUCUAACAGAAAUAAAUCCCGUUCACAGCCCGUUCCCUACGUUUCGCCCGCUGAGGACGACAUAUAUGGGGCCCAUUUCUUAGAGACAUGGUAAAUAUCUCCUUACGAGAACAAUUCAUUCACAAAUACCUGCAAUAUUCAACUACUAAGCUUGAUACUUGUGCUCUCAUUAAGCUUUGCGCUCUUAGAGUUUAAGGUUUAUAGUUUAAGGUUUGCAAAGGACGACCUUUUUGAAUUGGCUGUAUUGCAUCAUCAUAAUUGUUGUCGGGUUUCAAGUAGUCGAAAGUAAGUCGACGUCGAGGGUAUUCGAUAACGCAUUUUACUCUCGACCUCGACCUUUAUUCUCGACUACUCGGCAGUCAAUAUAAAUUACUAAAAGUGGUUGAAGGUGUAUAUGUUUGUUUAUUUAGAUAUAACAUUCGGUUGUCAUAUUGAAAAACUGUGUCUAAGAGAGCAGACUAAAGUUCCCAAAGUUGUGGUAGGCUGCAUAGAGGCUAUCGAAAAUAAAGGUGAAUAUACUGUGACUUCCAGCUUUGUUUAUAUUGGAUAACUCUAAUUAUACUAUAUACGUACAGGUAUUUCAGAACCAUCCUCAGAGAUAUGAAAAACUAGUUUCAAGACCGGAUUUCCGUCUAAGACGGGAAACUCGUGUGACGGAUUUCCGUCUGGCAUGAAACGAAAACCAUCAGACGGGUAAACACGAAGAAAUAGGAGACGCUCUUUCUCUUUUCAACGUUACGAGUCUUCUAAUAUGAAUUCAGCUAUUGAGUUGUCGAUUCAACGUGGAUUGGUAGCGAGUUUUAUCCAAUUUAAAUGCACGAAAUGUCAAGUCGCGAAGAGUCGUUGUACUUUGCAGUGUCAGAACUCAGAAUAAUAUGAAACUAGUUGUAUAUAAUAUACAGGUACAAUUAGUAUUUUUUUUAAGUUUUCUUUACGACGAAAACAGUCGGUGUUCCAAGUUGAAGUAGAAAUCUCACUAAUUUCCGAGUUAAUUUGUUUCGUCAAGUAUGUUUGUCACUGUGAAGUAAAAAGGUUAUUAAUAUUACUAGGAAUUAUUAUUUUUGUUGUAGGUCUUGAUUUUGAUGGCUUGUACAGAGUAUCUGGCAACGUUUCCUCAAUGCAACAACUCCGAAUAACUGUAGAUCAAGGUAAUAUCUGUUCCUCGUAAUAUCUGUUAAACCCUGAGCAAUGUAGCAAACUUUGUUGUUGAGACAUUUGAAAGAUCUUAAUGUUUGGAUCAUCUAAUCUUUCCCCGUUUCCCCACUCUUUGGAAACCCUACUGCAGCACUUCUGCUUCCCAAAGAACAAAACCGCUUCCUUACAAAUUUAGAGAACCUUUUUGUUUCCCAAGUGUGAUUUUGUUGCAGAAACAAUGUUUCGUGGUGUGCCCUCCUUUGGCAACAUUGCAGUUUUUCUGCAACAAUUUAUCUUAGUUUGCCAAGAGUUUUAAGCGCGUUCGAGUCUCGCGCGCAGAGUAUAUAAAAUAUGCUUUACAGAGUAUAUAUGCUUUACUUUAUAUAUGCUUUAUAUAUAUGCUUAUACCUGCCGGCAUGCGCCAGAGGUCCAACUUUGCAGUCGCCAUGUUCCUAUAUAGCCAGUGCGCUGACGGGAGGCACUCAUUCCCGCCAGUUUGAAUGUUUUCAGUCGGACCUCUGAAUAGUUUAUACUCUACUUUUUAUCUUUAUAGAGGAGAACGUGAAGUUUGGUGAACGUCCAUUUGACGAUGUUCAUGUGUUAUCUGGCACCUUGAAACUUUACUUCAGAGAACUGCCUGAACCUUUAAUUCCCUUCGACGCCUAUGAUCAUUUCGUUAACGCAAUAAGUGAGUAUAAUUAAUACAGUGAUAUAAUCACGUGACCAAAGUAACGAGUGUAUAGUCUAGCUAAAUGACCGUAAUUGACGUUAAUCCCGCACUAUGUUGCAAUUCAAAUCCAGUUUGACUUUACCAAACACUUCAAGUUUACUUCAGUCUCCUUGUGUUAUGAUACUGGGCCAUUUGAGAGAUGGCUCGUCACUGCAUGGGCCUUUAUGGCAGAGGGAGAAAAUGUGGUGGAACUGGGAAACUAGGUCGCCAGAAAAUUUUGGUCAAUUUGUUAUCUCGCAGAAGAUUUUCGAGAUUAAACCACUGCAUGUUUCAUAUUUGGUCUAUUCAGCAACCCUACUAGUCUGUUACUUACUCCAAAACACAAGGAUUGUCGAAUUGUUAUUCUUUUGCGCUCUCAUUUUAAAAAUUUUAAAAAUUGGCUUAAUGACUAAUAUACUCCCAGAAAAUUUUACAUAUUUUUAGUUGGUUCCCAAAUAGAUAAAAAUAUUUUCGCCACAUGCUCUAUUUUCGCCCUAUGCUCUAUGGAGCACAGUGAUAAAUGAUAACAAGAGUAAACAGAGCUGUUGAAAGUUUUCAAAAUUAAUCGUUAAAUCUCAAUCUCAGUUCACUAAUGUACACAUAAGCCUAGUUUCCAUUUGGUCAUUAGUUGUCGCUGGAACGACAAGCGGUAGAUGUGAAAUAGUCUAAUAUCAAUAGUCUUUUUGUGUGUUAUAUGCAAAUUAGUCUUAAUGAUUGCAGAGUUUUAUAAAGUUUUGUUGACACUCUAUUACAUCAGGCACUUGUCGUGCCAGCGACAACUAACGACCAAAUGGAAACUAGGCUAUAUUAAAACCACUAUGUUGUGUUACAGAAUUAUCGACAAAGCAAGAGAAAACUGUUGCUCUUCGAACACAUGUUAACAAACUUCCUUCGCCCAAUUGUGAAACAUUUCGAUAUCUUUACAGACAUUUAAAGAGGUAAAAAAUUUUCCAGAUCAAGUAAGGUACUAGACUUGCACCAAGUGUCGGCGCAAUAUUAGAUGCAAUAAAUGCAAUAUCAUAUAGUGUUAUAGUCCGUCAAGAUAUCAUGGUCGGGAAUCCCGGGAAACUUCAAAGCCACAAAAUAAAAGACCUUUGUUUGAUGUUGAACUGCACCUCACCGUGCACAAAUCCUUUGUCUCAACUUCAUUAAAUACUAUUCAUCCUGGUUGCACUUUCAUCUCAGCUAUCCCUAUUGGACGGUUACUUCAUUAUACGAAAAUACAAUGAGCUCAAUCACCAUGACCAUGCACAAAUUAACAUAAACGCCGACAAAAACAUAAUAAACACUUCUGUUUAGUUUCCAGACCAUCAUAUCUUGAUAGACUACAUCCUCGUUCUUAGGGGCUCUCGGCCGCGCGCGACCUUCAUAGGCCCAAGGCCCUGGGAUUCUUUGUUUGCGAUGACGUAAUUUUGGAAUUUCAGUUGACGGGCAGCUAUAACAAAAAACGGCGAUUUUAAUGUAUUAAUCGAGUUUAGAGACAGUUUAAGACUCGAAAGAUGAAUCACCGUUCAGUUUUACAUGUUACAACCAUUCUGAUAGGAGAAAAAUCGUCCACAAGUUGUUUGAUUGCCCGUCAUCUGGAUGAAAAGUCACGUGAUUGCAAACAAAGAAAACACGGAACCGGAAGUGCAAGAAAACUUCAGUAGUUUCUAAAGCGCAUACUCUUGAAUUGGGACGUUUUAGCACCCGUAACAAUUUUCACUGAGAGAAGUAUUACGAAGCAACGAAGUAUUUGUGUUGACAUAUUUUGAUAGAAUAAUUUUGGCUAGUAAAAACUGCUCAACUUCUGGGAAAUAGCAGUUCUCUGAGAACCCAAUCAGAUCUAUCCCUUAAGUCGUCUAACCCAGAGCCUAAUUUUCAACGAGUAACCGAGUGAAAAUGGCUCUGGGAACGAGAAUGGAUAGACUAUGGCCAAUAUAGUGCGCCGACCAUAGAGGCGCCGACACAGAGAGAGACUUGGAACAAGUCUAGUAAGGGACUGGACUUCUAAGGAGAGAAACUCAGGAGGACUUAUACAACUGCCUAUUAAUUCUUCCUCUAUAUAAAAAGGACAUUGGCAAUAAAAAAUGAGUUUGUCUUAUUCAAAAGAACUCUUAAAAUUAUAUAUUAAACUCUGUUACCGAUUUGUCAUAUCUUGCUUAGUUCUCGAAAUAUUUUUUAGACCGAAAUUAAUGAGCUGUCCGCCAUCUUGGACCAAUUCUUGACCUCAUUAACUAUGGUUUUGAUGACGUCAGGAGUUGGGUCAACCAUAUAAAACUACUAUAAAAUGACCGAGUAACAAUCCAAAAUUGUUUGAAAUGUUUUUAAUCAUUUCUAAAUUUCAGACAGCAACCAGAAACGAACUUCUGGACCUAUAUUGAUCAUUUUGAAAACUAAGCAAGAUAUAAACAAUCUGUAAUAGAGUUUAAUAUAUAGUUUUAAGAGUUCUUUCAAAUGAACUAAACUGAUUUUUAUUGCCAAUGCCGUUUAAGCGUUUACUUUCAGCUACACCAAGGGGCUGUUCCUAUGAGGCAGGCCAGCCGGGAUGAAUCGUUGUCACGAAAUUUUUUUUCCUGACCAUAAAAGAUCGUUUGAAUGAACUUUAUUGUACUGGAAUCAAACUAAGCUAAUUCAACCUUGACAUCUCCUUUUGGAUAAUUAUCAAGUCUUGACAAGAGCUUUAUUAAACGACCGGACCAGCCCGGCUCCAUACGAACACCCCCGAAGACGAUCCCCUCCUUCAUGAAAGUCAUGAGGCACUUCUCUCCAACAAUCCCCUGGGAGCUUAAUGACGUAUUCGCGGUAAUUCACAUGUUUUUUAGCUUAGUAAAGUUCAUCUGUAAUCAACUUUGUUCAUUUCUAUUUUCAGGGUAAUGGAGAACAGUAAUAAGAACCGAAUGCACGCACACAACAUUGCUAUCGUGUUUGGUCCGACGCUUUUAGCACCACGCGAAGAACAACAUGGUAGCAUAGCUCUCAAUACAGUAUACCAAAACCAAAUAGUUGAAUUUAUAUUGUUAGAAUAUGACCAGGUCUUGGGAAAAGAUAAUUGAUUUGUAUCGAAGAUACGUGUAAAUUGACUAUCAAAGUAUCAUAGAUACAAAGUAUCAUAGAUACGUAUAAUGUACAAAAUGUUAUGCACUCGCUAUAGAAAUCACUAACAAAUCGUGUUUCACGUGUAAAAUUAAGAUGUAAUUAUAAUCCUGUAAAAAUCUAAACAUGUUAUUAAUGAGCGUUCUAUAAAGAACAAGGCCGUGUGUAUAUGAUCAUGAAGAACGAGAAGUCUUGGCUAAUGAGUUAAAAAGGUUUUAUGAGUGUUCCAACUAUGUUUUAACUUAUACAAUGAAUGAUAGUAUUGGGAAAGCAUUAAGAACAGCUAACUAGGUCCCGUGACUGCCAACUCUCGUGCAUUUUCAUCCUCGUUUGAUCCUUGGCGUAUAACUGAGAGUUAAAUUAUUAUUCAAUUUAAUAUCCGUACCUCUCCCCCCGGUAUUUUUCAGGGGGAUAAACAAAUUUUACAAUCAUGGAUUUCGUCAGGGUUGGGUAAUUUGAACGAGAUUUUUUCCAGGGAUCACGUGCAACUUCUUCAGGGAUAAAAUUUCAUGUCUAAUAUCAGGAAUUCUUCAGGGGAUUUCUUUUAUUAGGGGAUUUUAUCUUUUUAGGGGAUUUUUUUUGGCGAUAUAAUAAAACCCUUGUCCUCAAUAGGAAGGGGCGGGGUGCGUCUUAAAAGGAAUAGCCCAAGGCAUAUAAACUUCUCAAGUAAUACUUCAAUACUGUAUAAGUCUGACACAGGAAUCGACAAACCUCGUCACGAUUUUGUACUACUUCGCAUUCAAAUAUUUCAAUUUAGGAUAUUCUAACGUGUCCUAAUUUAAGGCCGUUUUCCACUAGGCAGAAUUUUGCGCGCGGAGCGGAAUUGCUCUUUGUCUUUUCUAAUUAGUUCCACCCGAGAAAUCACAAGACAAAGAAAAAUUCCGCUCCGUGCCAAAAAUUCCGCCUAGUGGAAAACCGGCUUCAGGAUGAACAACAGACAUUAGUAUUAUUCUCUAGUAUGAAUUGGACCAUUUACUAAACAUCUUGCAGAAAAUACCGUUCUUAUUCAUAGCUAACUAUUUAGUACGAACCAUAUUAUAAACAUAUAAAGAACAGUCUGAGAGUUUUAUUAUUUACAAAUUGUGCACCAUACAAUAUACCUAACAAACGUUAGCAUUAUUCUAAAGCGAGUAAGAUAAAACAUGAGAAGUACAUUAAAUUACAGGUUGAUAUUGUUCCACUCUCUCCAGUAGUUGCUCUGAAUAACCAGGCGAAUAAUAUCUGAGGAAAAACAAAAAUUAUCAUUUAUGAUCUUGUAGGUGAUAUGUGAGAAGUUAACUACCGAGAAGCAUUGCUUUUAGC